UUCAACAGAUCCUUUCUUCAUUUCUCACAUAUCUGCGAAAGAUGUCUGCAAAUAUUCAUUCCAACAUCAUUCCAAGGGCCAUCUCAAGAUCAGCACAUAAAGAUAUAAAUAGAAAUUGCUUUGUUGAUAAGAAAGAAGCUAUCUGUAUGGUGGUUUUUCUCUCUGUUCUCUUCCUGUCUCUGCUGGCUAAUUCAGUGUUGGCUUACCUGUAUUAUAGCAAUGACCUAGACUGGAUUAUAAAUUGUGAAGUAGUAAGGAACUGUUCAGAUCAAGAAAAGCAUGUUGGCCACAAUGCUCGAAUUGAACAAUUCCUUCACAAGGAUAUGGAAAACAGGUCCCAAGCACAUCACUGUCCCCAAAAAAAUUUCCCAGAGAAGUGGGUCCAGAAAAAUGGCACAUUCUAUGUUUUCUCCAGUGAUAAAAAGGACUGGAACAGCAGUAGACAACGCUGUCAGGAUCUGGGUGGAGACCUGGUCGUCAUCAACAGCCGUGAGGAGCAGAAUCACCUUGCAGAGCAAAUACACGCUAUUGGUGUAGGAACAUUAUAUUGGAUUGGUCUGACUGAUAGCCACACGGAAGGUGUAUGGCUGUGGGUGGACGACACCAAGGAUCAUCUUAAUUUCUGGGCGCGGCCUCCUGAUGAUCACAAAUCAGCUGACAAUCCUCUGGGAGAAGACUGUGUUGUACUGAAUGGACGAAUGUUUGAGGCAAAGUGGGGAGAUGUUUUUUGCUUGAGGAAGGAGAGAAGCAUUUGUGAGAUUCUAUGUUCGAACUAAAUAAUGUUUCCAUAUGCCAUUUACACAUCCUUACAGAGGUAGUAAAAUGUGUUUAAGCCCCCAGAGAGCAGUGUACAAUAAAGAGUAAAUUAAACAUAAGACAUUUAAUGUAAAGUACUGAGAAGCUUACUCUCACCCCCCACUUGAUAGUUUAAAAUGCAAUAAAAAUAUUUAAAAAAAUGUUAUUGUCUUUUAUUGAAAUCAGUGAACAGUCAACUCAAAUUAGUAAUUAGCAACAUAUUUAACACUACUUUACUAUAUUUAUCAAGCAUGACACAUGACUAUUGAACAUCAGUAUAGCCUACAAUUUAUACAAGGACUCUAAUGGCUUCUCCUCUUUAAGACUGUUUAGAUUUUCAUAAAGUGACCAAUCUUUUUUUUUUUCAUUUAUAAUUACACUUUUAUUCUGUCUUAUAAUUAAGUUUUAAUCUUUACAUUAUUUUAAUAAACAGUAUCACCUCU